AUGACACAAUAUGUCUUGGAAAAAAUUCAAGAACCUCCAAAGAACCUUGAAGAAUUCUUAAAGUCUCAAAACUGGGAUUAUUGGCCAAGGGAAGUCUAUUUGGGUUAUGAUCCUAAAUGGGCACAGACUCUGAAAAAUAUAAAGGAAGAUUGUUCCUUUAUUUCAGUUUAUACACAUUUAUGGGAAAAUGUCUCUCGAGUAUUUGAAGCAGUCAUAAACAUGGAGUCAAGAUUAGGGGAAUGUUCAUUCCUUUUGAAAAACCAUGCCUCCAAAUUUCUUGAGUGGGACAACAUGAUUUCUAAAACAGUUUCUUCUGGACAAUUGAAAAGACACAAGAAUUUUAUAAAGAAGUACCAUAAGAAAAAGAAGAUUAUGCUUUCAGAUGAUAUGGAGACAAAGAAGAAUAUAGAGGGCUGCACCUUUUCAGGAUUUAAAGCAAAUGAACUUACUCAACUACCCAGACAUUUGGAUGCUGAAAGAAUUUAUCUUUUUAUUUUGAAAGCCUACAACUUUGAUGAGAAAAUUUUUAAAAUCUGGAAGACUCAUUUUCUCUCAGAAGCCUCUAUUGCUCUUUUGCAUGAUUCCUUUUGGUGGUGGUUUCUCUACAAAUUUAAGCCUGACAGAGAAAAUCAAGAUUCCUUGUUUGAUAGAAUUUCAGAAAGUUAUGUGGCGCUUUUCAUGAGCAUACCACUAAGUCGAAAAGAUGCAUUCUUACAGGUGUAUCCUGAUUGUUUGGCACAAGCUAUCUAUACAACAUUUCAGGAAGCAUUUCCAGAAUCCAGUAACCUCUUUAAUGAUGGAUUUAAAGAAGAUCUAGGGUAUAACAUUUUUCUUUGGUUGUCAGGUUUAAAACCUCAAAAAGGCUUUUGGACCCACUGGAAACUGAAAGGACUCACCACAACAACCAUACAUGGUAGCAAGAAAACACCUGAAAAAUCUCUAAAGGAAAUGAUUGCAAGCAGUCAAGAACGCAUAAUGGCUACUAUAGACUUCGAUAUAAAGAAAAUUUUAAAGAAACCCAGAACAUAUGUGAUGUCCACAUCUAAGGAAGAACCAAGAUUAUCAAAACCAGCAUUGAAGUCCCAUUAUAUUAGCACUGGUCCAGAGUUGAACCGUGUUCUCUUCAAUUUUGGAGGUCAGAGUCCACUAAUUUUAUAUUAUCUUAAGAUGCAUGAGCUAGCUGGUAUUGCAAAUACCCCUAGACAAACAAAGAUUAAACUCACUGAAAUAUGCCGAGAACCAUCACCUGCUCCAACUUACCGUGAUAUUAUAAAGGAGGCAAAAAAACAAUUUGCAAAGAACCAAAAGGAUUUUAGGAUACUCCAAGCAAAGGCUACGAAAAAACCUUUCGAUGUUAAGUGUGACUUGGAGAAGUUCCUGAAUAAACUGCAUGAAGAUCGGGUUGAGAGAGAAUUUCUGGCAUCAUUAUCAUCAUCAUCAUCAACAGAAGACUACAACUUUGAGGAAGAAGAAUAUCAACUGAAACAAGAAAUACACGCUAUUCAAGAAUAAUGCAUACAAUUCAAUUUUGUCAAUU